UUCACACCACCUUUCAGACAUUGUGACAGAACUAAAAAGCCAUUCUCUUUAGUUUAUCCUCGAUUUAUUCAAACGAGGAAAAUACAAAAACAUUCUCAAGUCUCGUGUACUUCACCGAUUCUCAUUUUUAAAUCUUGAAACUUCCUCCAAAUCCACCAUUGUUCAAAACCAAAGUUUUCAACUUCACUAACACUUACAUCUAAGCUUGUUUUUUUAAAAUAAAGUUUAGAUUUUUCUUUUUGUUGGGUUAUUUGGGUUCAGAUGCUGUCCAAAAGUGUUGUUGCUGUCUCUUUCGUACUCAUUUUGUUAUGUAGAAACUUGUUUAUUGAGCUUGAAGCUAUUGGUGUGAACUGGGGCUCACAGGCGAGUCACCCGUUACCUCCAGCUACAGUGGUGAGGCUUCUCCAGGCAAAUGGAAUCCGAAAGGUGAAACUUUUCGAGGCCGACACGAAGAUUCUCGGAGCUUUAAGUCGGUCGGGGAUUCAGGUUAUGGUCGGAAUCCCUAAUGACUUACUUGCUCCUAUAGCAGGAAGUGUUGCAGUUGCAGAGAGAUGGGUUUCUCAGAAUGUCUCUGCUCAUGUCUCCUCUAAUGGAGUUGAUAUCAGGUACGUGGCAGUAGGGAACGAGCCAUUUCUAAAGGCAUUCAACGGAACAUUCGAGGACAUAACACUCCCUGCUCUCAAGAACAUACAAUCAGCUCUCAUCAGAGCUGGUUUAGCCACACAGGUGAAAGUCACAGUCCCACUCAACGCAGACGUCUACCAAAGCGCCUCUAACCUCCCUUCAGAUGGAGACUUCAGGCUCGAAAUCCGCGACCUCAUGAUCAGCAUCGUCCAGUUUCUAAGUGACAACCAAGCUCCCUUCACUAUCAACAUCUACCCUUUCAUCAGUCUCUACAACGACCCUCACUUCCCUGUUGAGUUUGCCUUCUUUGAUGGCACUGGUGACCCUAUAAACGACAAUGGGAAGGUCUACGACAAUGUGCUUGACGCAAACUACGAUACAUUAGUUUGGUCUUUACAGAAGAAUGGGUUUGGUAACUUGUCUAUCAUCGUUGGUGAAGUUGGUUGGCCUACGGAUGGAGAUAAAAACGCAAACAUGCAGUACGCACGGCGGUAUAAUCAAGGGUUUAUGAACCGUCAAAGAGUUGGUAGAGGAACACCUAUGAGACCAGGACCAAUGGAUGCUUACUUGUUCAGUCUUAUAGAUGAAGAUGCUAAGAGUAUCCAGCCAGGGAACUUUGAAAGACAUUGGGGGAUGUUUUACAUUGAUGGAAGGCCUAAGUAUCAGCUGAGUCUUGGAGGAAACGGUAAUGGUUUGGUUCCGGCUAAGGAUGUUCAUCAUAUGGCUAAGAAAUGGUGUGUUCUUGCACCGAAUGCUAAUGUUGAGGAUCCUCGGUUAGGACCAAGUGUUGGAUACGCUUGUGAUCAUGCUGAUUGCACUAGUCUUGGGUAUGGUUCUUCUUGUGGUGGCAUGGAUUUGGCGGGGAAUGUUUCGUAUGCGUUUAAUAGUUAUUAUCAGGUGAGUGAUCAGUUGGAUAGUGCGUGUAAGUUCCCUGGGGGGAUUUCUAUGAUUAGUACAAGGGAUCCUUCUUUUGGGAGUUGUCAGUUUAAGGUAAUGAUUAAGUCGGAUUCUUCAGGGGGUGAAGGAAGUGUGAGGAUGGGUUUGACAAGAUCAGUGGCGGUGUUGUUACUCUUGUGGAUGUGUAUGUAUAUUGUUUUGUGAAUUAUGGAGAAAGUUUGAUUGGUUUUGAUUAUUUUUUUGGAAAAAACUUUGGUGUUUUUUUUGAGAAACUAUUAAAGAAACAUUGAGAUUUAUGUGUUACUUGCCUGUUUGAUCUCUUGUUUCCUGAGAGUUGUUCGAGGUUCU